CACCUUUAAAUAAAAUGUGAAGAUUUUGUGACCCCCUCCCAAAAAAUAUUAGUUGUGCAUUUAUUUAUUUAUUUUUAUCCAGCACAGAUUUAGUGUUAUAUACGUCCGAUUUAUUUAUUUAAUGGGGAUUAUUAUUGUUUUAAAAUCACAGCUGAAUGAUAUCCACAACGUGACAUGAAUAAGUGUUUUGCCCACCCAUCUCUAAUAGCAUUCUGGAGAUCUUGGCAGGGUCAUGUAAUUGACAGUGUGCUUGGCGAGAGACAGAGACAGAAGGUGGACUCGGCUGUCGUCUCACAAUUCUUGGAAGCCACUGUGCUGGCAUGUUUUUUAUGUGUGUGUGUGUGUGUGUGUGUGUCUUAUCACUUGUUUUCGGGAUGUUUAAGAACGCAAAUAUAAAGAAUUAUAUGUAACAGAACGUAAUUUUUAACCAUUGUUUUAGGUCAGGUCCAGUAUAGGACAUUAUUACAAUAGUGAAAUACUGUAGAAUUAAUAUAAUUAACCAUUAACAGUAUUGCCAUAAUCAAAAUAAAUAAGUGGUCCUUUAUGAAAGUCUAGUAUUCUAGACAUUAAACAAAUUUGAUCUAUUAGUGAAACAAUAGGUCUAGCAGCAUCGUGUUUACAAGGAACAAAGCAGGCUGCCUCUAAGUGGGAUUGGACAUGCUGACAAUCCACCAUCUGCUCUGUGUUGAACAUCAUUCAGUUGUUUUAUUCCUCCUAUCUGAGGUGUGAUUAUGAAGGCAAUCUGAUGUCAUUAGCAUCUCCAUAGAGCAUCAACCAGCUUUACCUUCGACACAACUACUGUCUGUAUGUAAGAGACGCACAGCGUGCGGUCUACUGUACCUCCUGCUGCUGAAAUACCAUUAUGCUGUUAUACUACAGAACACAGGUAAUUUCAAACAGAAUGGUACACAAGGACCAAAAAACAGAAAGCUCCAGCUGUGCGGCUGCUACAUCUCAACAAACUGAAGACCAGAACCAACUCAUCCGUCCAAAGAAACUGUCCAACCCUAUUUUGGAGUCUCGUAGUCAUAGAAGGUUACAUCGGGAACUGCUUCUCAGUUACAAAUGUCUAGUUUACACCUUACCCUGUCUGCACUUGGGUCCUCUGUCUGUGUAUCCGUGUCUCUCAUCCCCGAUUGUUGACAUGGGAUUCACAGGGGUCUCCUGGCUGAAGAGGAGAGUUCUGGAGCAGAGGAGACUAGAUCAACACAGAGUAGAGUCCUCACAGCCUCCAUCUGACCUGGAGCAGGAGCUGCGUAAGAGACGCCACAAACUCCUGCAGUAUGAGCAGGAGGAGUUAAGACAGAGGGAGGAUUUGCAGAAUGUGCCAGAGUUUGUGCGAGUAAGAGACAACCUGAGAAACAUUACCAUCUCAAGCUAUUAAACCAACCACUUUAUAUAUAAUAAUAAUAAUUAAAAGAGAUUUAUAUAUCAUCCUCGGCUCACAGUACCUUUAUUUUGAAAUCUACGUAUUUAACUUUUGGUCUUUUGCAAUACCUGCCAUGGAAUGAAUAGUGAAGCUGUGCAAAUUAUUAUUUGACCUCAUAAUUUUGUAUCA